AAGCCAGGAAGAUAUCCCGUCAGUUCCUAGUGGUGCAUGUCCACCGGUCAGACCGGAAAUGAGAGAGAUAAAAUCAAUUGUUGAUAUGAUCGUCCCAGAUUCAAGUCCACUUCAGGGCGGCAUGGUUUUUGUCUUGAUUAUGAGUGAAUCCUUACCUCCUAAUAUGGAUUCCGCUGUCGCCUUCUUUGAAAGUGUUCCCGUCCAAGUAACCAAGCAUAGAACGACACUGAUAGGGAUCGUUCCUCCUUCAGACGAACCUGGCAUCGUUACAGUUAAAGUGCAGUCCAGAGAUGGGAUAUUUCUUGGAAAUAUUCUUUUUGAAUAUGUAGACGCUGACAAAACUUACUUGAAAAGACUGGUGACUGAUCCUAAGUUGCUACAGAAAUUUUAUAUGCAAAUGGCUGAAGAGCAAGGUAAAAAAACACGUGAAAGUGAAAAGCAGCCCAAUUUACAGCCGCCCUAUAUCGUCACCACAGCAGGGUCCUCUCAAGCAUUCCAUAUAUUAGCUACCCUCGUGUUUGCAGCUGCUAAAUAUGAUGCUCUUGAGCCUAUUAAAAUUAUCUUAGACUCCUCGAACGGAAGUGCUGUCUUUCAUGCUUACAAGGAUCGUGCAAAACUGCCUGAGUCUGUUGCGAGGGACCAUGGUAACCAUGACAUUGUAGAUUACCUCGAAGAAGCAACCUGUAGAUUCUAUGAAGAGAUCAAGUGUGGUAAAGAAUGUAACCAGACAGUGGAUUGGUUAGAACUUCUAAACGCCGCUGGAGAAGGCCAAACCAGGCUUAAUCUCGAUGCUGAAGAAAGAGAGACUCAUCGCCUGGAGACUGGUCGCAUCAAAGACAGUGGUUAUUCGGCUGACGUUGAAUCAUCGACUAGUUCAUCAUCUGACCCAGAAGGCUCUGAUUCCGAACGCCAUACUUCAACAUCUUCCUAUGAAGAUAUUGAUUAUAUUGAAACAGGCGUAGUCGACGUUGGAAAUGCUACUCAGCAUGAAAAAAAUUAUCCGGCGGACACCAACACAGAUGACACUCCCUCAUCUUUUACUCUUCAGGAAGUUACAAAUCUACCUGUUAUUGAAUUCAAGACGAGAUUUGCGGAGGAUAGUACUGUUGUGACAUCGGCUGGUAAAGAAAGCGAUAUAAUCACACCGUCAACUGAGGAAGAGAAUACUGUCAUUUCAUUAGCUGCUAAUCAAAGUGGUAGAUCGCCAUCACCUGAAAACGAAAGUGGUGCCACCCAAACAGUAACCAAAGAAAGAGACAUCACGCCAUUAGUUGCUACAGAAAGAAAUGUCACACCAUCAGCUGAAAGAGGAAGUGACUUCACGCCAUCAACUGGAUGUGAUAGUGGAGGGAAUACUGCCGUGCCAAUAGCUGAGAGCACAAGUGAUGCUAAGCAUGCAAAUUCGAAAAAAAAUGUUUCCCUGCAAUUAGCUAAGAUAGAAAGUGUUGCUACACCAACAAAACUAGAAGGAGUUGAUAUCCCGCAAUCAGCUGAGAGGGAUAGUGAAGCGACACCCACAAACUCGAAAGAAAAUACUGUCCCGCCAUUAGCUGAGGGCAAAAGUGAUGCUAUGCAUGCUAAUUCAAAAGAAAAUACUGUCCUGCAAUCAGCUAAGUGCAAAAGGGAUGCCACGCCAGUAAAAUCGAAAAAACCUGAUGGCCCGCAAUUAGCCGAACAAGAAAGUGAUGUCGCGUCGUUACUUAAAAGAGAAACUGGUCUCACACCGUCAGCUGCAGUUAAUAAUGAUGUCAUGCCAGUAGCUGCAAUAGUAAGAAUUAUCACCCACACAGCUUCUGGAGAAAGUAACAUCACGCCAUCAGCUGAGGACCAAAGUGAUAUUAUGCCAUCAGCUGAGGACGAAAGUAACAUCACCUCAUCAGCGAAGGACGAUAGUGAUAUCACGCCAUCACCUGAAAGAGAGAGGUCUGUUAUAUCAUCAGCUGCAGAAGAAAAUAAUAUCAUGUCAUCAUCUCACAAAAAGACUGCUUUUAUACUAUCAGCUCCAAACGAAGUUGAUUUAGAGCCAUUGGCUGCGAAAGCGAGGGACUUCAAGCCGUCUAAUGCUAAAGGAACUGUGGAAUCUGACACAUUCAUAGAAGUCGAAAAGCAUCCCGAAGAAGGAAACAAGAACUCUGAAAGAAGGUUAUCGUUCCUCAGUGAAGUCGAAAAGCAUCCCGAAAAGGAAACAACGAAAUUGCCAUGGAGGGUACGAUUUCCCUUUGAAUGGUCAAAGAAACUCCUUGAGGAAAUGGAGGAACAGAGAAAAAAACUCAAAGAGCGACGGGAGGAACUUAAAAAAUACGAAAAGAAACGCGAAGAGGAAAUGGAGAAACAUAGAAUUGGCAGUCGUGUAUUUGUUUAUGACGGUGACGGUGACGGUGACGAGUUCCAUUGA